AUGAAGAAAUUUUCUGACUUGCCUAAAGAACUUAUCAUCUCAAUUUUGGCUAGAGUGUCAAUAAUUCAGUACCGUGUUAUUCGUUUAACUUCUAAAGCAUUGGCUUCUCUCGUAGCUUCGCCGGAACUCUACGCAGCAAGAUCCAUUGUGAGAUCGAGAGAAAAUCUCGUGUAUUAUUGUUCCUCGGACCGGAAUCAAGUUCCGAGAUGGUCCUCAUUAUCCAAGAAGCCAGAAUCAACGGCUACAGAAUUCACAAGAUUCUGCCUUUCCGAGGUUCCCAUGGACGAUCCGUACUCAGGUUCAAGUGUAAUGGUGGGCUUGGAGAAUUCGAUCUACAUGCUUGACGCAGAAGACACUGGUUCGAGGAGACUGAGGGUUCUUGACUGUUCUUCUAAUCAAUGGACUCAAACAGAGCCAAUGAGUCAUGGCCGCGACAAUGAAGCUUUUUUACUAACGUUUGGGGAGAAUCUUUGUGUUCUUGGAGGAAUCAAAGAUGAAAGUAAACUAAGGCCUGAGGUUUAUAAGCCUAAUACGAGCCAAUGGGUGUCUCUUCCGGAACCUGAUUUGGGCGACAAAUCCUCUGUUAUUCUCGUCAAUUCAACCGAUGCUAGUGAAAUUGAAGUCUGGGCCAUCUCGGCGGGUGAAGAAGUUCCAGCCAAGAGAUUCAUCUCUAACUCGACCACUUGGGUAUGGGAGAAAAAGAAUAGUUCUUUAGGUCGUGGUCCUGCGAAUGGGUGUCUCACCGUCGUAAUAGGGAACUACAUCUACAGAAUCAUUAAAGGUGACAUAAUUCGGUAUGAUAAAACCACUGUGUUAUGGAGCAUGGUUCAGGGAUUUGGCGAGUUCGAAAGGCAGCCGUUUCAGGCGAUUCGCUACGGAAGUAAUAUGCUCGCUUUCUGGAAUGUCUGGUUGUCGGAGGGAAGAAAAGAAGUAUGGUGUACGGAGAUCUCAUUUGAGAUACGCGGAGAUCAAGUUUUCGGGAAUCAGAUCUGGAAGGCUCUUGUGAAGAUUGAAGACAAAGGUUACACCUUUCUGGGCUCAACUACCGUGAAUGUUUGA